AUGGACGAAACCUCGUUCCAUCCGUCCGUAGUGGGCGUUCGAAAGCCGAAGUGCGCCAGAUGCAGGAACCACGGCGUGAUCGCGUGGAUCAAGGGCCACAAGCGUUUCUGCGCGUUCCGCGACUGCAAAUGCGAGCAGUGCCUGCUUGUGGUGGAGCGUCAGCGAAUUAUGGCCGCGCAGGUCGCUCUCAAACGCAAACAGGCUGCCGAGGAUCUGGCUAUUCAGCAGCAACAAUUUCAACAUCAGAGCCACCUGCCAGAGUCACGAAAACCAUCUUCGCUCCAGAGCAGUGAUUCCAUGUCGAACAUCAGCAGCAGCAGCAGCAGCAGCAUCACUCCACCACCACCACCACCGCCCCCUGAUGAAGUGUCUUUAACUGAACACUACUCACCACCAGCAAUUCCACGACUUCAACGACAGCCAGUGCAGACGGUCUUGAAGCUGGGUGUGUGCCUGCAACAGCACAAGGACCUCCUAACACCGGAACUGCUCACACAACUGUUCCUACGACUGCCUCACCCGAUCUUCAUGACCUGCCCUGUCGCGUUACCGCCACCCCCUUUGUCUAGUGGUCACCCUCAACCCCCACCGACGUUUCCCUAA